AUGAGCGUGGAGAUGCUCAGUACAGCGCAAUAUGAGAAGAGCAGCGAUAAGAGAAGCUGGCUACCACAAUCUUCUCCUCCGCCUCGCGCCGGCUCACGGCUACAGAUGGGAUCACAUCCAGUACCGCAAAAGCAGCUUGCACAGUUUCCUGAUGACGAGGUCAAGGCGCUUGCGGUCCGGAAACAAGAGAUCAUUGAAAGGCGCGAAUCUGUAUUGGAAGCCCAUGCCAGUGCCAUGUUCUUAAGAGAGGACGUCCCCGCCUCAUCGAUUGCACAAAGCAUGCUGAAAGAUAUGUCGCACGUUCACUCGAGUGGAGAUCAUUCAGUUUACGUCACUCUUUCGCCUCAAGAUUGUAUCAAGGUUUCCGAUGCUGGUUGGGGUCAGCGACAUGGCUUAGCUGGUGUCGAAAACCACAAAGUUCUUGCAGGCUUUGCUCUGUCAUAUCAAUACGGUUUGCUAUAUUCUCUAAGAGACAUAGCUGAAAUACAAACCACCAUGGAUAUUGUCCAGGCUUCUACUAGCUACCUACAUGUCGGAUAG